GCGUAUUCGCAUGUAUGGUUUUGAAAUUUGGCACACAAGGAUUUUGUUGGCUCAUGAAGACGGAUUAAUCAUUUAUGUUUACAAAAUAGGGCUGUCAUUAGCUACAGAAAAUAAAGUUAGUUAUUAAAAUUAGACAUAAUUUCAGAUUUGUAUUUUUUAUUUGGACGAAACAACCCGAAAAACUGAAAAUGUUUGCAGUAUUAAUUUAGGCAAAAGUUCCAUUCCCGAUGCACGAUACAUAUAGGUGCGUAUAACACAACGAUCCUGCAGCCUUUACACCGUCGCCACACUCUGCCGCAGGACGAUGAAGCGGAACGCCGACGACCGUCAGCUGACCGUGAGAAAUCAAUACGCUCGUCCCAUACUGUUACGACGAUAUUCGCUCCGCCUGCGCCGCAUGCGGCUCGGUUACCACUGCGACGGUUACCGCCGUCGAGCCGACUGUAUUUUAGCGUCGACGGGGAGACCGCGUGAUAACGGGACGGCUCGAUAUCAUCAACACUCGCACCUUAUCAGUGGAUUUAGUUCGAAAACCUCGGUAACCCGCGGACGACGACCACGAAAUGCCGACCAAGUAUUACUCGGUGUACAGUCACCGGUACAUGAUCAGCAGGAAUUUUACUAGAAAAUAUAAGAGAAAGGACACGUUGGGACUGUUGCCGGUUGUACGUGACUUAAGAAAUGGGGCCGGCGAUAGCAUAAGUGAUCACGGUAACAACAGAACGAGAAAGGACGAUUCGCUCUGCGACAUCCUGUCUAGUCCGUCAUUCCGAUUCGUUAUCUGCUUGAUCAUCGUAAUGGUUGUCUUACUAUACAAGUCGGUUUACAUGGAUUAUUUCCACUUGAAGAAUGAAAAAUCUUCCAUAUCGAUCAUGAAGACUUCAUGGAACUCUACUAGAAUGUUAUACGGAUAUGAUAACGGAAAACCAAUAAUUGAAGUAAUAGAAAUUCUACCAAAUUGUGGAUUACAAACCAUUUGCUCGGACAAUGCUUUUCCAAUUCAUAUAUAUACAGGAAAAAAUAAAACCGACUUUCCGAGGUUGUGUAUUAUGGGAAAAUAUGUUAUGUCAUUCAAUCGAACUGCUGGCGGUCGUGGUAUCAACGUAGCCGUGAUAGAAUCAACUACGUAUACUAUCAUGGAUGUUAAAAACUUUGAUACUUAUGAGUACAAUAGUUCCAAUUUAGAUGAAUGGCUUGAUCAUAUGGUUAAAGUUGGGGAUGUAGUAAUAUUUUUUACAUUCGAUGAGGCGUCUAAAAAGUUAACAAAAAAAACAAGAAACAUCUUAUAUAAUAUGGGGAGUGGGAAAAUUCAAGAUUUAUGGUACAGAUGUCAAUGGUACAUGGUUACACAAAAAGGAAUUCAAGGUAUCACGCCAUAUGAAAAAAUUACAUAUUCGCAUAAGAACAAUUGGGCAAAUGUGUUAGAUGAAAAAUUAUGCGUUCCAUUUCAAAUAACAGGAAAUCCAAUUGUAUCUGAUGAUUUAUCUAAUCAAGAGUUGUCGUUUUGUAAUAACACAUUUGAUGAUUACACAAUGCAUUGCAAUGAAAGUAGUGAACACACCGGAAGCGUUAAUUACGGUUAUUCAAGAAGUGAGUCCCGAGAAAGUCAUCGAACAACAACUAGUCGAUUGCUUGAUCGAACAGAAUAAAUGGGGUAAUCGCCACCGCGUUGUUGUACUCGUAAUAUAUUAUAAAUUAAAACAAAUAUUAUAAUAUGUUAUUGAUACCAAUAGUGAAUCUGUAGGCAUUUAAAGGGGGUAGACAAUUUUCCAAAAUUAUUUAAACGAUGUAUAUUUUUAGUAAUAUAUUUUAUUUAUGAUUAUGAGGGAUUUUUAAUAUGUAAAAUUCUAUUGCCGACAAACAUGUCUAGCUUAGUAUAAUUUAUUGAGAACAUCAAAACAAUUACGAAUUUUAGAAUUAUGCUAACUAUACAGCCCCUCUUCGUACCCGCAAUAGAUUGAUAAAGGUAAUGCGUUUUAUUUUAUUUCGUUUUGGUUUUUUUUCGCCAUACACGUGUCUUUUCUACAUACCUAUUAUACCUAUAGUAUAGGUACCGCGUACGAACGAUAGGUACGUGUAACCCGCCGAUUAGUUUAGGUCCCUAUAUACUAUUAUUGAUAUUUUAUUAUUAUUGUUAUUUGCAUGAUAUGCAAUUCAUUAUAUAGGUUAUUUUUGCAUUGUGAUAUAAAAAUAGUAGCGAGGAGAAUAAUAAUAAUUUUAUCACGGUGGUUCACGAAUUAUCGCCCACGCGUAUUGUAAUAUAUUAAACAUAUUGUGUCCUAUUCCUACAUAACACUGGCUGUUGCAGCAGUGGUCUGUACAGGGCGUCGAUGACGGAGGCCACUCGAUGAUUAAUCAAACGAUCGCCCUUUCGACGACCCUUUAUCUCUUUCUUUAUGUCUUUCCCUAUUUUUAUUCUGCGGGCGCGUUAAACGAUUUCACACGGGCUAAGUUUUCUGAAUAAGACACCUAUAAAAGUAAAUUAUAAACAGGAUACACACCAAAUCCGAAGAUAAUCGAACAAAAAUGUGGGUAGACUGCCCGAAGUGACAUUGUAAUACAAUACAUAUACCCAUUUAUAUUAUGUAAAAUGUGGUGUGCAAAACCUCCAAAAUUAUAGUGCCUUUUAAACGUUUUCUUGCAGUGGAUACCUGAUAUCAUUCUAUUAUUUUUUUUUCUAAUGUAAAAUUUUUAUUACCACAGUUAAUGUCGGGAUUAAUAAAUUAUAUUAUAUGCUUUGGGGUAUUGUACAUAUAAAAUGUCCAGUAUGAUUUACUUAAGUUUCAUUCAUAACUAUUUUUUGAAAAAUUUACCAGUAAAUUAAUGUGUGUACCUAUAGUAAAAUGAUAUACUAAAGUAAAUACUAAUUGGUCAGUUUAUAUAUGCGUAUGCUUAUUAAUAUAAAUUAAAUAAUUAUAGUAAUUAAAUGUAGAUAAUAAACAACAUUUAUUGUUUUCAAUCAUAAUAAUUUAAAUGUCAAUUUAAAAAUUAAUUUUUUUUGUUAUCUUUGUUAUCUUAAAAUUAGGAAUGAUAUACGUAAUAUUAUAUGCAAUAGUACACUUAUCUACAAGGUUACAAAAGUACAAUUUAUUUGAUGGAUUUUUAAAAUUGUUAUCUAUCAGAUGCUGGUAUUGUAAGUAGCAGGUAACUAGUACUCUAGUAGCUACUUCAGUUAUUUAGAAAGUAUAAUUUAUUGUCCCGCUAUUACAAUGCUACAGUAUUUUUAAUAUUUAUUAUCAUUUUAAAUAUUAAAGUAUAGUACCCUUCAAGUUUUAUCACGUAUCUACGGAUAAGUGUUGGAAACUUUAAAUAAUGUUAUUCAAAUUUAGAUAUUUUGUUAAAAACAUAAUAGUCAAUAAAAUUAUUAUCUAGCAUAAUUUGUUCUAAUGUUUAUAUUUAAUAUUAUUAGUUAUUAAUGAAUUGUUAAACAAUAUUUAUGAUUUUACCUUGUCUAAAUAAAUAAAGUGAUAAUUUUAAUAUACUUAGUUAUAUAUUUG